GCUGCAGUAAAAUGUUCCUUAUAUGGGUUGAAUUUCAUAAUGUUGUCAAUAUAUAGACCACCGUCUGGUAAUAUGCAUGUGUUUUUAGAAAAAAUGGAACGAAUUCUACUGAAAAUCCGCGAUGACAGUGCCAAAAUUUUCAUAGCCGGUGAUUUCAAUAUACAGAUUUUUCUCAGGAAAGUCUGAACAAACAACUCUUAUGUUCACUUUUAAAUUCAUAUGAUUUACAUAUUCCAAUAGUCACGCAUAACAUCUACCAGUGGAUCUUGUAUUGACAAUAUUUUCAACAAUACCUCAACUUACGUAUCUAAUGUCAUUAAUUCGUUAAUCUCAGAU